AUGUCUGGGUGGUACAAGCUGAACUCCAAGACUGGGAAGAAGGAGAAAGAGCGAGGGGACAUUCAGGUGACGGUGCAGUUCACCAAGAACAACCUGACAGCCAGCAUGUACGACCUCUCCCUGGGUAAGGACAAGCCCCGGUCCACCUUCGGCAAGAUCAAGGACCGCAUCAAGGGCAAGAAGAGGAGCAGCAAGGACUCUGAUGAAGACUCCGCCUCCACUAUUGGGGGCGGCUACGGCCCCGUUUCCCGCAUGAGGAACCGGUUGCCGAGCGAUGGCGGCGGGGAGGAAGACUACGAGGACGAUGAAGGGGGGGAGGGGCGGAGGAGUAAGAUGAGGAACUUCUUCUUGCGAGGGAAACUGAGGAAGUCGUCCGAUACGAGGUCGAGCACGUCGCUAGGGUCGGAGAGUAGUGAGUCGUCGUCGAGGGGAGGGAGUCUCAGUCCCACCGCUGGGAUCUCUGUAGUGGUGUCUGACCUGUCUAACUCGCCUAGCAACAGCAGCAACUUCACAGCAGACAGCCCUGAUCACACGGCAGAGUUGUCUCCCAAGCUGGCCUCCUAUACAUGUGAGUUCACUGACGAGUCUGGAGAGAUCAACAUCCCUGUGCCUCAGCCUGUCUGCAUCAAUGGAAGCCAUGUGUACAACACCACCUUGGACCCUUGCCCGGGGAACCCUGUAGUACCCUUAGAUCCUCUAGCCCUGGUGAAGAAGAACCUGCCUCUGUCCCAAUCCCUCCAGAACCUCAACCAGCGGAGAGAGGAGCUCCCUGUCCUCCUCCCUAAAGGUCCCGCUGCGGAUGGCCGGCGCUGGUCCUUUGACAAGGCAGGGAAGGAGGAGAAGGUGGCCAUCGCAGCGGCCCUGGAGCAGGCUGGCCAGGGGAUGGGCGAGGGGGCCAGGGAGGAGUCGGACAGAGACAGCCGGAGCAGGAACUGUCUGGAUGAGUCUGAACAGGCCUCGAACUCUGACUCUGGCCCGGGCGAGAAACACAAAGGAUGGUUUGGAUCAAAGGACAACCAUAACAAACCCAGCCCGGUGGUGUCACCUAGCUCAGGCUCUCACCUCAUCCCCCAUACCCCUGGUCUCACCCCCCUUACCCCUGGUCUGCUGUCCUGGGGCCCCCCUCACCUCCCUGUAGAUCCUAACUCACUGGGCACCCCACUCCAUCACACUAACCCCUUCAGCCCGUCUCCUCCCCUCAUGUCUCCCUCCAACCCGUUCCUCUCUCUCCUCCAGUGUAACCCUUUCUACGAGGAGCUCCUAGCUGACCAAGCUCUAAACCUUAACUCUGCCCAGCCCCAUCUGCCUCCCUGUUGUUCUAGCUUUACCUCCUAUAUCUCAGUAGCACCCCAAACCUGGUCUACCAACCCUAACCCGGUACCCAUCCUGCCCCCAACCCAAGACAGCCCAGUCACACCAGACUGCACUAACACUGGUAUGAAAAGAGCCUCCCUGAAACUUCCUCCAGAAGAGGAGAGCGCCAACACUAAGGAUGAAGAAGAAGAAGAAGAAGAAGCAGUCACACCAGACUGCACUAACACUGGUAUGAAGGAACAAAGAGCCUCCCUGAAACUUCCUCCAGAAGAGAAGAGCGCCAACACUAAGGAUAAAGAAGAAGAAGAAGAAGCAGUCACACCAGACUGCACUAACACUGGUAUGAAGGAACAAAGAGCCUCCCUGAAACUUCCUCCAGAAGAGGAGAGCGCCAACACUAAGGAUGAAGAAGAAGAAGAAGAAGCAGUCACACCAGACUGCACUAACACUGGUAUGAAGGAACAAAGAGCCUCCCUGAAACUUCCUCCAGAAGAGAAGAGCGCCAACACUAAGGAUAAAGAAGAAGAAGAAGAAGCAGUCACACCAGACUGCACUAACACUGGUAUGAAGGAACAAAGAGCCUCCCUGAAACUUCCUCCAGAAGAGGAGAGCGCCAACACUAAGGAUGAAGAAGAAGAAGAAGAAGAAGCAGUCACACCAGACUGCACUAACACUGGUAUGAAGGAACAAAGAGCCUCCCUGAAACUUCCUCCAGAAGUGUCCUCUGCUAACUCUCCCUCUGUGAGGAAGACAUGCCCUCUGCUAACUCUCCCCUCUGUGAGGAAGACAUGCCCUCUGCUAACUCUCCUCUGUGAGGAAGACAUGUCCUCUGCUAACUCUCCCCUCUGUGAGGAAGACAUGCCCUCUGCUAACUCUCCCCUCUGUGAGGAAGACAUGUCCUAUGCUAAGGCUGAGACUCCAUCAUUCUACACUGCGACUGGCCCAGACAACAUGGCUGCUUUAGACUUGAUGGGGGAGUUCUCUGACGAUCGAUGCUCGGCCACUUGUGAUGAUGUCAUCCGGUCAGACACAAUAGAUCGAGCCACAUCCCAUCUGGGAGCCACCUGUGUUGUUAAAGAGAAGACCACAUCCCCUGCAGCAAGGAUAGACUGGCCAAUCGGCAUGGACUUAGAAUCAUAUAACUCAGCAGAACUUUCCAAUGUACUUCUGUACUCUGUCAGGUCUCAAGCUCACAGUCCACUAAAAACAGUUCAGUCCACUACUGGGACAUCUAGUGGUGAGAAGGUCAAUGAAGACAUUGAGGAUUACAGAUCAGAGGACCAAUACUCAGAACACCCUCGUGUGGAGUCCGUUGUAGUCCAACAUUCUCUCUCAGAAGAACACCCUCGUGUGGAGUCCGUUGUAGUCCAACAUUCUCUCUCAGAAGAACACCCUCGUGUGGAGUCCGUUGUAGUCCAACAUUCUCUCUCAGAAGAACACCCUCGUGUGGAGUCCGUUGUAGUCCAACAUUCUCUCUCAGAAGAACACCCUCGUGUGGAGUCCGUUGUAGUCCAACAUUCUCUCUCAGAAGAACACCCUCGUGUGGAGUCCGUUGUAGUCCAACAUUCUCUCUCAGAAGAACACCCUCGUGUGGAGUCCGUUGUAGUCCAACAUUCUCUCUCAGAAGAACACCCUCGUGUGGAGUCCGUUGUAGUCCAACAUUCUCUCUCAGAAGAACACCCUCGUGUGGAGUCCGUUGUAGUCCAACAUUCUCUCUCAGAAGAACACCCUCGUGUGGAGUCCGUUGUAGUCCAACAUUCUCUCUCAGAAGAACACCCUCUCCAACGGUCCCUCUCAGAGGGCACAAGGAGGAACAGCGUUGAGGACCUGACCCUGUCGUUCGGCAGCGACCCUGGCGUUGUAACCCCGGGGUCGUCGUCCUUUGUCCAGCAGCAUGACACUUCUGACCUCCUCGCUGCCUCCUCCUUCUCCGCUCCUUCCUCUCUAACUGCUGAACGUAACACAUCUUCCCCUCCAGCUCUCUCCUCUCUCCCUGCCCCGCCCCCUGCUACUGUGAGGUCAUCAGUAAGCACUGUCUCGGCCGCAACCCUUUUCUCCACUGCACAGCCAGUGAUUGGUGCAUCGCAUGCUGGCAUGCCCCAGGAGACACAUCCGCCAGCCAAUCAGCAGAUCAGUGACGCGUCUUACUGUAUGUCCCUUUACAGUCCUCACCCAGUGAAGCCCCUGACCCCAGAGGAGAAGAGGCGAGCGGAACUUUCUGAGGGGCGGUCGGUGCUGGACAAACUCAAGUCCUCUAUCCACCCGGGGAGGAGCAGCCAGCCCACCGAGCAGCAGCCUGAGAAGAAAAAGUCUCUGACGGAGGGAGCUGGGCCUUACUACCACCUGACCCACAGUGAGCUGGUCGCCCUCCUCCUCCAACGGGAGGCAGACCUACACCGGCAGAGGGUGGAGUUUGACCACCAGAGGGCGUUGCUAGCGAAGCGGGAGGCGGAGUUGAAGAAGAUGAAGCCUCAGGUUAGGGAUCUGGAGGACUACAUAGACACGCUGCUGGUUCGCAUUAUGGAGCAGACUCCCACCAUCCUGCAGGUCGGCACCAAGCUCAAGUGACCGAGAGAGGGACUGAUGGAAUGGGGUUCACAGUUUGGUUCCAGAAGAGCACUUCACCAUUUCACCUAAAGGAGAUUGGGACACAUGAAGAAAAAGUCAAGCCAUUGUCCCGUUAUUCUGUCACAACACUUUGCUUUGUUGCAAUGUUAUUUAGUUGUUGUUUA